UUUUUUUUUUACUUUCUUUAAGGGACAUUAAAGCUGGAAAUAUUCUUCUAACAGAACCAGGACAAGUAAAGCUAGCUGAUUUUGGGUCUGCAUCUAUAGUCUCCCCUGCCAAUUCCUUCGUAGGAACACCUUACUGGAUGGCACCAGAGGUGAUCCUUGCUAUGGACGAAGGACAGUACGAUGGAAAGGUGGAUGUUUGGUCUCUUGGGAUCACAUGUAUUGAGUUAGCUGAAAGGAAGCCUCCGCUUUUCAACAUGAAUGCAAUGAGUGCCUUAUAUCACAUAGCCCAGAACGAUUCCCCUACGUUGCAGUCAAACGAAUGGUCAGACUCCUUUAGGGGAUUUGUUGAUUACUGCUUACAGAAAAUACCUCAGGAAAGGCCAUCAUCAGCAGAUCUACUACGGCACGAUUUCGUUCGCCGAGAUCGACCACCGAGAGUCCUCAUAGACCUCAUCCAAAGGACAAAAGAUGCAGUACGAGAACUGGAUAACCUUCAGUACAGGAAAAUGAAGAAAAUCCUUUUCCAAGAGACGCGGAACGGCCCUCUGACUGAGUCUCAAGAGGAGGAGGAGGAUCAUGUAUUUAUAAGGGAUGAGGUGGGCCACAGGGAUCGCAGGCCUGAGGUGCGGCCUACCCAGUCGGUGCAGAAUCAGGCCCUCCACUACCGGAACCGAGAGCGCUUUGCCACGAUCAAAUCAGCAUCUUUGGUUACAAGGCAGAUCCAUGAGCAUGAGCAGGAGAACGAGUUGCGGGAACAGAUGUCAGGAUAUAAGCGGAUGCGGCGCCAGCACCAGAAGCAGCUGAUCGCCCUGGAAAACAAGUUGAAGGCCGAGAUGGACGAGCACCGCCUCAAGCUGCAGAAGGAGGUGGAGACACAUGCCAACAACUCGUCCAUUGAGCUGGAGAAGCUGGCCAAGAAGCAAGUGGCUGUGAUGGAGAAGGAGGCAAAGACAGCUGCAGCAGAUGAAAAGAAAUUCCAGCAACAGAUUUUGGCUCAGCAAAAGAAAGACCUGGCGACCUUUUUAGAAAGUCAGAAGAAACAAUACAAGCUUUGCAAGGAAAAGAUUAAAGAGGAAAUGAACGAGGACCACAGCACACCGAAGAAAGAGAAGCAGGAAAGAAUAUCCAAACACAAAGAGAACCUGCAGCACACACAGGCUGAAGAGGAGGCCCAUCUUCUCAGCCAGCAGAGACUCUACUACGACAAAAACUGCCGUUUCUUCAAGAGAAAAACGAUGAUCAAGAGGCACGAGUUGGAGCAGCAGAACAUUCGGGAAGAGUUGAACAAGAAGCGGACCCAGAAAGAAAUGGAGCACGCCAUGCUGAUCCGGCACGACGAGUCGACGCGUGAGCUGGAAUACAGGCAGCUGCACACGCUGCAGAAGCUGCGAAUGGACCUGAUCCGGCUGCAGCACCAGACUGAGCUUGAGAAUCAGCUGGAAUACAACAAGCGACGAGAGCGGGAGCUGCACAGGAAGCAUUUCAUGGAGCUCCGGCAGCAACCAAAGAACCUGAAGGCUAUGGAAAUGCAGAUCAAAAAGCAGUUCCAGGACACGUGCAAAGUGCAAACUAAGCAGUACAAAGCACUGAAGAAUCACCAGCUGGAAGUAACUCCAAAGAGUGAGCACAAGACAAUUUUGAAGAGUCUGAAGGACGAGCAGACGAGGAAGCUCGCCAUCCUGGCGGAGCAGUACGAGCAGAGCAUCAACGAGAUGAUGGCCUCGCAAGCGCUGCGACUGGACGAGGCCCAAGAAGCGGAAUGCCAAGCCCUGAGACUGCAACUCCAGCAGGAGAUGGAGCUCCUCAACGCGUACCAGAGCAAAAUUAAGAUGCAGACAGAAGCACAGCACGAAAGAGAACUCCAGAAGCUGGAGCAGAGGGUGUCACUGCGCAGGGCACAUCUGGAACAAAAGAUUGAAGAGGAGCUCGCCGCCCUCCAGAAGGAACGCAGCGAGAGGAUCAAGUUUCUGUUGGAAAGGCAGGAGCGAGAGAUUGAAACGUUUGACAUGGAGAGCUUACGAAUGGGCUUUGGGAAUUUGGUCACAUUAGAUUAUCCCAAGGAGGACUAUAGAUGAGACGAAAUUUCUUUGCCAUUUAACAAAAAAAAAAACAGACAAAAUCAAACAAAAUAGGUACAAAACUUGCAAAAGCAACAUUCCCCAUGUUAACGGGCGUGCUCUCUCUCUUUCUGUCUCUCUUACUGACAUCGUGUCGGACUAGUGCCUGUAUAUUCUUACUCCAUCAGGGGUCCCCUUUCCCCCUGUGUCAAGUCCCGGUGCAGGACGGCUCCUGGCGGUCUUUUCCAUAGUAUGUCACAGUAUUGAUGUCUCUGUGCAAUGAUUAAAAAUGUUUCAGUGAAAAACUUUGGAGACGAUUUUAAUGGAGAAAAAAAAGAAAAAAAAAAAAAAAAAAAAACCAAACCCAAGUGGAUGUUUGUUGCUUUGGAGCAAUCACUCAUUUUUCCACCAAUCUCUGAAAGUACAAGCAAAAAAAAAAAAAUAAGUGAUAGAUACAAAACCCAGGGGGAGAGAGACGAAAUCCGCAGCCUUACCUUAACUAGCUGCUGCAUAAUUUUAUUUUAUUUUUAUUUUUUUGGUAUUUAUUCAUCAGGAAUAAUGAAAAUAAUAAUAAGAAAAAAAAAUUUUAUUAAAGAUUGUGAAAAAAAAAAAAAAAAAAAUUUGAUACAUUUUACAGGAAGACAAAAAAAAAAAAAAAGACAAAAAAAAAAACAAACCACCAACCACGGAAUCGUGCUGUACAUAGCAGUGGUGACAUAUUAUUACUUUGGGGGGAGGGGGUGGGCGAAGCCCUGGCGCUUUGUAGGAGCCCCUUGCCAGGCAGGGCAGCCCUCGCUCCUCGGCGUUACUCUUGAUUGUAUCAUAAAUCAUUUUCUGCUGUCGCGGAGAAUGUCGAAUACACUUAGAAACGAGCCCGCGGGAUCCCAGUAGCACAAAUUGGGCUUUGUCAAAUCGUGUAUUUUGUGUAUAGAAGGAAUUUAAGGAGAGCUUUUACUUAUUUUCAUAUUGUAUUUUAACUGUUUCUCUGAUCAGAAAUUUUUUUACUUCUGUCCUCCCCUUUUCCCUCCCCGCCUCCCUUCCGCUUCAGUCCCUGCAGUUCGGCGCUGUCUCUCACACCAUCCCCGCUCCUUUCUUUUCUCUUUCUUUUGGCCCAUCCUAUUGCUUUAUUUUCUGAUGUUUCUGUUCCUCUCCCGAAUCCUCCCCCGGUCUCCCGUGAUUUCGGUCAUAAAUAUCGCAUUACUCACACUUUCAAACUGUGUAUUUUCUUACAAUAAAAAAAAAAAAAAAAAAGAUGGAAAAAAAAAAAAGAAAAAAAAAAGAAAAAAAAAAACCAACAAAACAAACAACAAAAAAAAAAGGCUUUACUUCUUUUGCAUGCACUUUAAAUAAAAAAAAAACGACAAAAAUUUAAAAAAAAAAAGCAACAAAGAAAACAAAACAGCAAAAAAAAAAUCAACAAAACAAAAACGUUUUUCAGGUUCAAAGGAAGAGCAUGAGUAACUGUCAGAGCUUUUAAUUAUAUUUGUAAAUAAAAGUGUUCAUCACAGUG